GAGAGAGGAGUAUUGCAUUUCUUUCUUAGAUUCCCUCAUGGCCAUGCUUCCCUCUCUCCCCACCAGCCCCCUUCCACCCAAGCCACAAGAAGCACAGGAGGAUCAAGAGUGCAGCGACUUCAUCUCUACCCUUCCCAGAGGGGGCUGGGGACCCAUCCGCACCCGAAAAUACCAAGGCUUUUGGGUCCUUGAGAUCGCUCUCCCGAGUGUAAUGACCAUCCAGAAGAACUUCAAGCCUCGCCCCGACGACCUCUUCGUUGUGAGUUACCCAAAGUCCGGAACCACCUGGCUUAAAGCUAUCACCUUUGCCACCAAGACCAGAACCCAGUACCCUCUCUCUCACCACCCUCUCCUUAGCCUCAACCCACACGACUGCGUCUUGAACCUGGAGGAAUGCUUCCACAAAGGCCAGGCUUCCAAGAUAGAAGCCUUGCCCUCCCCGAGAAUCCUCGCCAUCCAUAUGCCUUACUCACUGUUGCCGGACUCCAUGACGAGCUCCAGCUGCCGGUUCGUAUACAUCUGCCGUGACCCGAAGGACACACUGGUCUCCAUGUGGCACUUCAGAGAGAAGACGAGGCCGAAGACCAUGGAGCCUACUCCAUUCAUCGAAGCCUUCGAGGCAUUCUGUGAGGGCACCAGCGCCGUCGGGCCGAUGUGGGACCAUGUUUUGGAGUACUGGAGGGAGAGCCAGAGAAGGCCUGAGAAGGUCUUGUUCUUGAAGUAUGAGGAGAUGAUGGAUGAGCCGGUGGGGAAAGUGAGGAGGUUGGCAGAGUUCAUCGGCUGUCCCUUCUCGGAAGCGGAGGAGAAGGGAGGGGUGGUGCAGGAGAUUGUGAAGCUUUGUAGCUUUGAGAAGCUGAAGAACUUGGAAGCAAACAAGACAGGAACCCAAGGAGGUCCAGGCAUGGUUGUAACGAAUGAUUCGUUCUUUAGGAAAGGAGGUGCGGGGGAUUGGAAGAAUCAUAUGAGUCCAGAGAUGGCUCAAAGGUUGGACGGAAUUGCGCAGCAGAAGCUGAGGGAAUCCGGUCUGACACUCGGGAGUGUGGGCUUAGAAGCGGCCUCCUGCAACGAUGUCCCAGCUCGUGGCCCGUAACGUGUACUGUUUUUUUUUGCUGGUUUCUUUGAUCCGCUUUUAUAUGUCUACAUGGUGGUUGUCACCGUUUACAUCAAAAUGGUGGCAUCUUUGCAGUUGUGCCUCAGGAUCAGUGUUUAGAUGGACCCCUUUUGAUGAUGUGGUGGCUUCAUUAUCUCGAUGGAACUGAUGGGAUGUGCCCUCUGUUCUGUAUUGGAGAAAUAAACAAAAAAGUCACGUUAGUGUACUGGUGUCGGCAACUGCGAGUCUUGAUUGUAUCAAUGUCGCUUUAAGUUAAUCCGUGUGUUACAUUUUUUUUAUCUUUUGAAA